AGCCGCGACGGGGACGUGCGAUUGGCCGCGCGCGCAUGCACACAAGAUGGCGUUGGAUGAUCGAGGGAGGAGGUUUCGUAUUGCCAGCGGAUUCUUUUGAACAUUUGUUUCCCCCCCCCGCUCUUUCAGUCCUUCACCAACCCCCCUCUCCUCGUUCCUCCUCCUGGGUGAUCGCAGCCUGUUUACAUGGCGCUCGGACAGCUCUGUUCGCACUGCGUCCUGACUUGGAUUCUAACCGUGAUAUUUUCGGAAGACAAAGUGAGUUCUUUGGAUUUGAGCUGCAGUGUUGGCCCUUUGCAACUAAUAUUGCAACCUAAUCAAGCCGUGGUGUUAGACUGCAACCUUCCUGCUGUAGAUCAGCCUGCAAACAUAACGUGGAAAAAAGGGGGAAUUCCUGUUGUGGAUGAAGAACACCACCAUGUGGUUCCCAAUGGAUCUCUCUAUGUUUCAUAUGUACCACGGGACUCAAAGAUUCAAGGUGGAGACAGCAGUGAAGGGAGCUAUACCUGCAUGUCCCAGAAUUCAUUUGGGGCCAUAACUAGUCGGACUGCAGUGAUCAAAUUCUCCACUUUGUCACAAUUUCAUCGGCAGCCAGAAUCUCAGGUGGUGGAGAAAAAUGGAACUGCUCGAUUUGAGUGUGGAAUUCAUGGACUGCCAUUGCCAGUUAUCACGUGGGAGAGAAACCAAGCAACUAUUCCAAAUCACGAAAGAUUUAUAGUCCUCCCAAAUGGAAUUCUGCAAAUUGUAUAUGUGCAAGAGGCUGAUGCGGGAGAAUAUCGCUGUUUAGCUAAAGGUGGAAUGUGGACACUGUACAGUCAGCAUGCUACUCUCACUGUAUUAGAAGGAAUUAAAUCAGUACCGACGGAUGUAGUCAUCAUUGCCCACCCAAAGAAUGUGACUGUUACUGCUGGUCAAAGUGCCAUUAUGGAGUGCUUGGCAUAUGCUGAUCCAACACCAUUUGUUUCUUGGAUUCGUGAGGAUGGUAAACCCAUUGCUACAGAUGUCAUCGUAGUUGGAAGGGCAAACCUUAUGAUUGCACAUGCUCAGCAAUAUCAUUCUGGCGUAUAUGUCUGCCGUGCCAAUAAACCCCGGACACGACAGUUUGUCACUGCUGCUGCCGAGUUACGAGUGCUGGCCCCACCAAUGAUUACACAAUUUCCUGAGACAAUUUCUCGGAUUCGAGCUAGCACUGCUAGAUUUGCCUGUAAAUCUGAAGGUGAACCUACUCCGAGAAUUCGCUGGCUGAAAAACGGAGAGGACAUUAUGUCCAAUGGACGUGUGAAGAUCCAGAGCAGUGGCAGUUUAGUGAUUAAUCAAAUUGGACUGGAGGAUGCUGCUUACUACCAGUGUAUUGCAGAGAAUAGUCUUGGAAUGGCAUGCACUACAGCCAAACUUGCUGUGACAAUUCGAGAGGGUUUGCCGAGUGCUCCCAAAAGCGUGUCUGCUGCGCCUUUAUCAAGUACUUCAAUCUUGGUAUCUUGGGAACGCCCUGAACACAACAGUGAACAGAUUAUUGGAUUUUCCCUUCACUAUCAAAAGGCAGUAGGUACAAACAAUGUUGAAUACCAGUUUGCAGUGAAUAAUGACACUACAGACCUUCAAGUAAAAGACUUGCAACCAAACACUAAUUAUACCUUUUAUGUUGUUGCUUACUCCCAACUUGGUGCCAGUCGGACCUCUCGUUCUGUGAUUGUGCAAACUAUGGAAGAUGUCCCAAGUACUGCUCCUCAACUGUCGUCAAUUCCCACCUUGUCUAAUAUACGGGUAUCAUGGCUUCCUCUUUCUCCAGAGCUCAGCCAUGGUAAAGUAACCAAGUAUCGCAUUGAUUAUUGCACAUUAAAGGGAGAUCAGAUUUAUUCAAUUGAAGUUGAUGGAAAUGAGACACAAGUCACACUUCCUAUUGUACAAUCAAAAAAAAUCUACAAAGUUCGGAUUGCAGCAAGCACUACUGUAGGAUAUGGUGCACCAUCAGAAUGGACCCAGCAUCUAAUCCCUGAACGAAAUAAGCUAAUGAUGGUUCCUUUUGCUCCAGCAGAGAUGAAGGUGAAGACAAAAGUAAAUUCUCUGUUGGUCACAUGGCAGCCACCUUCUAAUCAAGUCCAGAUCCUGGGUUACAAGCUUUUUUACAGAAAAGUAGAUGCAGAUGAUUUGAACAGAGAAUUAAAUGAAACGAAUGGAGAUGAGCAUUGGACAAAAGGACCAAUACGACUUCGAAGAAAAGUGAAGCAGUAUGAGAUUACUGGAUUAGUUUCAGACCGACUUUAUGAAAUUAAGUUGAUUGCAUUCAACAAACAAGAUGAUGGAUAUGCAGCAAUAUGGAAAGGAAAAACUGAAAAAGCACCGGCUGUAACCUUAGCACUCCCAGUAGUGCUACCACCUCCAACCCAGCUUCGUGCAGAAUCCAACAGUUCUAGAGCAAUUUGGUUACACUGGACCCGGCCACCGUUCACUACAGUCCAAAUUGCAAAUUAUACUGUGCGUUGCAGUCCGUCAGGGCUCAAGAAUGCUUCUCUAGUGAUGUACUUCACAAGCUCUGAAGAAGAGAUUUUUAUCACUAGCCUGAAGCCCUUUACCAGAUACGAAUUUGCAGUCCAGUCCAAUGGAAUUGGUGUUGAUGGGCCUUUCAGUGGCAUUAUAGAGGGGCUGACCUUGUCUGACAAACCUUCAACUCCUCCAUCAGACAUGAAGUUGAAUCCACUUAAUGCCUAUUCAGUCAGAGUUCGAUGGCUGCCUCCAACUGAACCAAAUGGCAUUAUAGUUGAAUACGUUAUUUUGUAUAAUGCAAACUACACACAACCUGAUGACUUGUGGAAUUCACUAUCCAAGGAAGGACACAUAUUCAGUACUGAUGUACAGGGACUAGAGAGUGACACUCGCUACUUCUUCAAGAUGGGUGCAAAGACAGUUGUCGGAACAGGACCAUACUCUACAGCAAAAGAUGUGCAAACUCUGUCUGAAGGAAUAUUAGGGCUGCAUGACCUUCUUGAUGUACAUUCAGUGACAGGCAUCAUUGUGGGUGUUUGUCUCGGACUCCUUUGCAUUCUCUUCUGCAUCUGUGCCAGUUUCUGCAACAGCAAGCGGAGUGAAGGUUCCUCAGGCCCAGAUAUCCACCUGACUGCUGAAUAUGCUCACUAUCGCAGGGCAAGGAAAACGUCUUCAACUCACAGUAUUUCCCAACCCCACGCACAUGAGCUGGAAACACUAAUCUCUCCAGCUGAAGAUCUGCCCCUGCCUGUCAAGAUAACUGAACUCACUGAGGUUCAAGUACUUAUGGAUACACAUUUUCCAGAUGAUGAUAUUCAGAUACAUUUAAAGGGUGCAGAAAGGAACAAACACCAGCUUUCAGAUGUGAAUCGUAUUGAAGCUGAAGUCAUCGUUCAUUCUGAAUUGUCAGCAUCAGAAAGAAACUCUACUUGUGAGGACCGAAACUGGCAGAGCAAGGAAGAUCUACAACUUAAGUCCAUCUCAGUUUCAUCUACAGAAAAUCUUCACAGUGAGAAUAUUCCUGUGUUAUCUACUGAAAACGGGAAGAAAAAGGAAAACAUUGAGAGUGAGUGCACUGCUGUUAAACCAGCUGAAGAUUGGAAUGAGGAUCUUCAAAACCAAUGUGCUCUUGUUUUGCCUGAGAAGGAUAGUCACUCUCGUGAGAUUUGCAAGGAUUCUUUGUCUCGUGUUGCAAAUGAAAGGAUGAAUUGCAGUGAUGCAGAAAAACACAGGGAUAUCACCGAUAUUCAAGGCAACUUAUCAUUGCAUUCUAAAACUAAAAGUAGCAUGAUGAAGACUGUUGAAUCGCAUGGGCUCACUAAUAGUUUUGAGAGCAUUCAGGAUUGGAAAAGUUCAAUUAAUGGUUUUACUUUAAAAAACAUAAACUCAGAAUCCUCAUGCCUGAAAAAUGCAGAAACUCGACCUUCUAGAUGCCAGACUCUGCUCACAGAUGGGGAUGAUGUUGCUCAUCACUUUAUUGCCUCCACUAUCUCUACUACCUCAGUCUCUGAGAAAGACUUGUGUCCAUAAUCAUCAACACAAUACUAACUUGCACAAAUAUUGGGGUGUAUCCUACAACUGCACACUCUGCGAGUGCCUAUUAUCACAUCUAGUAAGGAUUCUUGCACAUUACUGAGUCAAUGAAGAGCCUGAGAUCAGUUACUAGGUUUCGGUAUCUAAUAUUUUAAGUACAUGCUCCUCUAUGAUGGAAUAACCUUUUUUUUUUUAUUUUUUGACAGGAAUUUCCCUUAUUUAAUGUUACAAAGUGGAACUGUGUUUUCGAGUAGCAUUUACAGUACUCUCACUUUUCUUCAAUACAACAGAACUACCUCAUAUCUGUUAAAAUAUUGAGUAGUAUUGUGCUGCAUUAGUUCUGUAGUUGUUACAGCCAUUUUAUUUUUAUUAACUUUACACAGGUUUCAAAAUGGCAUUUUCCUGUUUCUAACUGGAAUGAUUUAAAACAACCAGUGCUUGAUGAAAUACUAAAACAAAACUAAAUGUAAGGAACAGAUGCACAUGCACCUUUUCAUUCAGGGCUCCACUAUAUCUGUCAAAUCUAAAAAUAAAAUCACAUGUCUAGAUAUUGCGUAAUUAUGAGAAAGACUUCAGAUAUAAAUAUGUUGAAUGUUACCUUUUUCCAAGAAAGUGAUGCCAAAUUGUAGCUAUUGCUGGUAUUUCAUCUUCUAAUUGGUGAAUUUGGCUUGAAGAUGCGUUUGUAUCUUGUUGGAGCUGCAUUAUAGCCGGCAAAUCUGUGACACACACAUUAGGAAUAUUCUUCUGUAUUUCUGCCAAUCAGAUGCCAUUGCUUGAGCAGAAACUCCAGGGAAAGAGAAGCAAUUAGUGUUUUCACUGAAUCUAUGUCAGGACAGCUCCAAAACUGCCAGUAAUUAAUAUUUUGAUAAUUUAUCAAGAAUUUUUAAAAAUCUGCAAGAAGUCUGAUGAGGGAGAAUAUUUAAAUCUGAAGUUUAAGCCUUAAUUUGAACCCGUCACCAUCUCUUAACUGGGAUAAAGUGAGGACUGCAGAUGUUGGAGGUCAGUCGAAAAGUGUGGCGCUGGAAAAGCGCAACAAGAAUGGC